ACGUCUAGGUUUUGAAUAUCCUACUGCUAUCCAGGCCCAAGGCUGGCCUAUUGCUCUUAGUGGCCGAGACUUGGUGGGCAUUGCAUCUACUGGUUCAGGGAAAACUCUAUCAGGCACGCCUUUACGUGCUGCCUCUUCACGGUCGCUGGCAAUGGUAGGCUAGUGACUGUCCGUGUUGCUGGUUGGCUGCCAUUAUGAAACGAUGGCACAUGUUCUGUGUCAGUGGCAUGACACGGUGCUUGAUCACCUCAUCGCUGCAACCCAUCCGUCCCUGGGGGUUGAGGUGUGUCCGAACCAGUGUGUCCCUCUGGACCAACUGCUGGUCAGCUGUGAGGUCCUGGACCACUUGGUUUGUCUCCAUCCGGACAUGGCGGUCAUCGAUUACAGGCUAUAUCCUGCCAGCAUUGGUACACAUCAAUAACCAGGGGCGGUUGUGUCGUGGUGACGGACCCAUCGCACUGGUGCUUGCGCCAACACGUGAACUGGCACAGCAGAUACAGCAAGUGGCAAAUGAGGUGGGGGAGACCUCACAGAUCCGCAACACCUGUGUCUUCGGUGGUGCCCCUAAGUCUCACCAGGCUCGAGAAUUGGAUAAGGGAGUGGAGAUUGUAAUUGCAACACCCGGACGACUUCUAGACUUCCUAGAGUCUGGUCGCACGAACCUUAAGCGCUGCACGUACCUGGUGCUGGACGAGGCAGACAGGAUGCUGGACAUGGGUUUUGAGCCUCAAAUACGCAAAAUUAUUGAGCAAAUCAGACCGGACAGACAAGUUUUGAUGUGGUCAGCAACGUGGCCUAAGGAGGUUCGGAACCUGGCCUGCUCCUUUCUUAAAGACUACAUCCAGAUCAAUGUCGGUUCCCUAUCCUUGGCAGCCAACCACAACAUCCUUCAGAUUGUUGACAUCUGUCAGGACUAUGAGAAGGAGAGCAAGCUAAGCACACUUCUUAAAGAAAUCACUGCAGAACCAGAAAGCAAGACCAUAAUUUUCAUUGAGACGAAAAGAAGAGUUGAUGAAGUAACACGCAAAAUUAGAAGAGAAGGAUUUCAAGCGUCCUGCAUCCAUGGAGACAAGUCUCAGCCAGAAAGGGAUUUGGUGUUACAGGAUUUCCGCUCAGGACGGAGUCCAAUUUUGGUGGCAACUGAUGUGGCAGCCCGAGGACUAGAUGUGGAAGACGUAAAGUUCGUUAUCAACUUCGAUUACCCCAACAACUCGGAAGAUUAUGUGCACAGAAUAGGUCGUACGGGGCGAUCUCAUGCCACCGGCACUGCCUACACUUUCUUCACACCUCAGAAUGCCAAACAGGCUUCGGACCUCAUCGCUGUACUCAAGGAGGCAAACCAGAUCAUCUCGCCCAAACUGCUUGAACUAGCUGACAACUUCCGAGGUGGCAGGGGUGGAGGGGGUAGAAGAUGGGGUCGCAACAGGGGUGGAGGGUUCCGCAACAACUCACUGUCGCCACGUAGGAGUCGAUCCCGGUCUCGAGACAGGGACCGCAGUCGACGAGACCGUGACCGCCGUAGACGUUCUCGCAGCUCUAGCAGUUCCAGAUCAAGAUCUAGGUCACGAUCCCGCAAUAGCCCUAGGCACAGCAAGACUGCUGAGCACCCCAAACAGCCAAGUGCAGCGGGGGCACAGUCUCUCCCUCCCAUGGGCCCCCAGUUGCCCCCAUCCAUGAUGGCCAGUCUGCCACCCUCACUUUUCUUUUCUCCACCACCUCCUCCACCACCCGAACCUACACAGCAGCCCCAGAAUGGAUACUCGUAUCAGCCAAUACGCUGAGGUGCUGAUAGUAAGAGCUAUGAAGAUCAUUUUUCCAAUUGAUAACUGUAUUAGAAGAAUUAUUGUAAAUAUUAGUUUUUAAUUGAAGAAGUAUAAUUUUAUUGUAAUUAUAUGACUUUCGUUUUUAUAUUAAAAAUCAGAAUAGAUCACAUUUUUUUGUAAUAGAAAUAAAAAGAUUUCUAAGCCAUUUAUUUGUGUAA